AAAUAACAACAAUGGCGUCGACAAGUAGCAUAAUUCAAUCUGGAUUCUCAUGCGGCGGCUCAUUAUCUUCCUUCACCGCGAAGCCAAGGCGUAUGGUGGUGGUUCGUGCCGAAGCUAUAAACCCAGACAUUAAGAAGGAUGAAGCAAAAGUGGUCGACUCUGUUCUCGUCACUGAACUCUCUAAGCCUCUUACUGCUUACUGCAGGUGUUGGAGGUCUGGGACUUUUCCUCUAUGUGAUGGAAGUCACGUGAAGCACAACAAGGAAACCGGAGAUAACGUUGGACCCUUGCUAUUGAAGAAGCAGUAAAUGGUUGUGGUAUUGUGUUAGUCUCUAGAUUAUGCAAAACUCUUGAUGCCUAUUUCCUUAUUAUCUUUUUGCUCUAUCUACCAUUUGUUGAACGAGAUAUUGUUCUUUCCCGGUGAAUAAAUUAAAACCGAUUCAAACUGAAA